CGGCAGCUCGGUAAGAUGGCUGUGUCUCGCGGAGCCUCGUGUUGGUUUGCUCGAUUUGUCGCUUGCGUUCUACUUGUGUGAUAGAACCCCCUCUUUUUGACAUUUAUUUCACGCAACAAACACACUCUGGCGUCGGCGAAAUCCUCUCACCCACCGCUCUACUCGCCUUUUCUCCUUCCCCAAACUUUCCCCCUCUCCUGUUUUGAGUUGAAACGGAGUCGCGGUGGAUUUACCGGAUACCGGGUCCGGACGGAGGGCACCGGGGGGGGAUGAACCGGGACAACGGGUAUGUUGUGAUCAAUCAAAUUGUAUUUAUAUUCAAUGAUCAUUCGGAGUUUAAUUGUGAGUAAGUCGCCUUGCUGAGAGAAAGCGGCUGUAGAAAGAGUGGGGGGGGAGAGCGAGAGCUAUAUCAUGGCGGCUCAGGUCGCCACUCUCAACACUAGCCCGCCAUCCGAACUCAAAAAGCCGGAUCGGGACUCGCAGGAGGAGUCCGCGGUGCCGGGGGAGAAGCAGCAUGAGAACAAGGACGCGGGCGGAGGAUCUCCCGGCCAAAAGGAGCUGCAGGACGGGAGCGAUGCUGGCAACGCUGGGGGAGGAGGGGAUCCUGACAUGAAGAACGGCAACGGGAACGUUCCCAGGGUAAAUAAUAAUAAUCAGAAUGAUUCCGCUGGGCCUGAAGGGAAUAACCACCCGGGCAUGGGCCACCACCACACGGGCCCCUUCCCACCACCCCCGUACGGCUACAACCAGCACUACAGCCGGGGCCCUUUUCAUCAACAUGGCGGACAACAAAGCCCUGGCAUGGCAGCUGCAUCGGGGCCGGGCGUGAUGGACCCUUACCCCGCUAACUCCCACGAACAUGGCUACCCCAACCACUACAACAACUACUUCCAGAAUAGGACUUCAUAUCAGGGUCAAGGAUACGCGGCCAUGAAUUCCCCGCGUAACAACCAGCCUCCCGCGGCUGGGGGGCAGCCAGGCAAGCAGCAGCAGCAGCCAGCAGGAGGAAUGGCUGCCUCUUAUAACAACCAGAGGUAUAACAUGGGAAACCAACAGCCCACGUCCACGCCAACUUUAAAUCAGCUUCUGACGUCCCCCAGCUCGGCCAGGAGCUACCCUAACUACCCGCAAGGAGACUACAACAACCAGGAAGGGGGCAGCAAGGCAACAGGGGACAUGGCGAGCACUACUCAGUAUAGUGGGGUUCAUCCGGGUUGGCAACAAAGGACCCACCACCCGUCUCCAAUCAGCCCGGGGAACACCGGACAGCCGCCGAAUAGAAACCAGCCUGCAAGCCCAAUGGACCAGGUAGGGAAGAUGCGUGGCCAACCCUACGGAGCACCUAGUCCUUAUCCCCAGCCGACACAAGGGCCUCCAUCAGGGCCCGGAUCCCAGCAAGUGGGGUCUUAUCCAGGGCAGGGCUAUGGAUCUCCAGGGCCCCAAAGAUAUCCUAUGGGGAUACAGGGUCGAACACCUGGUGCGAUUGGCGGCAUGCAGUACGGACAGCAGAUGUCAGCCUAUGGACAGCAGGGGUCAGGAGGCUAUGGUCAACAGAGUCAGGGCUACUAUGGGCAACACGGUGCGCCACCCCACGCAAGCCAGCAGCAGACACCAUACCCUGGCCAAACCCAGGGUAGCUCUGGACCCCCCUUCCCCCAGCAAGGGCACCCUUCACAGCCCCCGGGCCAACACGGUCAACCUGGGGCCCCUUACUCGCAAUCUCAAGGUCCCCAUGGCACCCCUCCCGGGCAAGCACCCUAUGUACCUCCACAGCAACAAUCUACUCAACAGCAGGGUCCUAGUUCUCAGAACCAGCAAGGACCACAACCGCAAGCUGGCUACCCUCAAGCUCCUGCAUCGGGCCAACAAACGCCGCAGCAAACUCCACCGCAGCAGCAAGGGCCCACACAACAACAACAACAACAACAACCACCACCACCACAACCGACACAACAGCAGCAGCAACCAGGAAGUCAGCCUCCUCAAUCACAACAACCUCCAAGUCAUGGCCAGCAGAGUCAGCCAUCACCAUAUUCUCAGACUCCACCACUGCCUCAGCAGCAACAGCCACCACAGCAACAGUCGCCAUAUCAGAGGUUCCCACCCCCUCCCCAGGAACUUUCCCAGGAUUCUUUUAGCUCCCAGUCCAGUGCCCCCCCUUCCAACCAGCCCAUGCCUUCCAACAAGAGCAGUCAAGAAGACAGCAUGCAGGGCCGGCCAUCCAGUUUGCCGGAUCUGUCGGGCUCCAUCGACGACCUGCCCACCGGCACCGAAGGAGCCCUGAGCCCCGGCGUCAGCACCUCCGGGGUGUCCAGUAGUCAGGGGGAGCAGAGCAACCCCGCUCAGUCGCCUUUCUCACCGCACACUUCGCCCCACCUGCCAGGCAUACGAGGGCCCUCGCCGUCACCUGUGGGUUCCCCUGCCAGCGUCACGCCCUCCCGCAGCGGCCCUCUGUCACCUGCUGCGGUGCCAGGUAAUCAAAUGCCGCCCCGGCCACCCAGCGUCCAAUCGGACAGCAUCAUGCACUCUUCCAUGAACCAGUCGGCCAUGGGCCAAGACAGGGUGUACAUGCGUAACCCACAAAUGCCCUCUUAUGGCUCCCCUGGACAACCUGGCUCUGCCUUAUCUCCACGCCAGUCUACGGGGGGUCAAAUCCACGGUGGAAUGGGACCCUAUCCUCAGAACAACUCCAUGGGAACCUAUGGCCCACAAGGGGGGCAGUAUGGCCCUCAAGGCUAUCCCAGGCCGCCCGGCUACUCAGGAAUGCCCAACGCAAACUACCCAACUGGGCCUGGCAUGAGUGGCUCCAUGAACCCCAUGCCCAGCCAGGGCACUGGGGCGCCCUAUGGAAACAUGCCUCCCGGCAGAGUAGGCCCCGGCCAGAUGGGUUCACGGCCUUACGGUCCUGGAAUGGGGUCAAACAUGGGAAGUUUGCCUCCUCAGGUGGUGUCUGGGAUGUGUCCACCUCCUGGCAUGAACCGUAAAGACGGUGGCCCCUCCAUGCACCACGGACCUACAAACUCGAUACACAACAGACCGCCUGGUUACCCCAUGUCUCAAGGCAUGAUGGGUUCAACUUCUCCAUACGGCCCUGGCAUGAACAGCAUGCAUGGUAUGAUGAACCAGGGCGGGCCAGGUCCUUACCCAAUGGGUGGAAACAUGGGCAACAACACCCCUGGAAUGGCUCCAAGUUCAGAGUUUGGGAUGGACAAAAUUAACCCAGCUCAGAAAAUGAACAAUAAAGUGGACGGGACACCAAAGCCGGAGUCCAAAAAGAAGUCAAGCUCUUCCACCACCACCAAUGAGAAGAUAACUCGUCUGUACGAGCUUGGCCCAGAGCCCGAGAGGAAGAUGUGGGUGGACCGGUACCUGUCCUUUGCUGAGGAGAAGGCAAUGGGCAUGAACAAUCUCCCUGCGGUGGGACGCAAACCUCUUGAUCUGUUCCGACUCUACGUAUCCGUCAAAGAGAUCGGAGGACUUACGCAGGUGAACAAGAACAAAAAAUGGAGGGAGCUUGCCACCAACCUCAACGUGGGCACAUCGAGCAGUGCAGCCAGUUCCCUUAAAAAACAGUACAUCCAGUGUUUGUACGCCUUUGAGUGCAAGAUUGAGCGCGGCGAGGACCCGCCCCCGGACUUCUUCAAUACGGACACCAAAAAGAACCAGCCCAAGAUCCAGCCUCCCAGCCCUGCUGGCUCUGGAUCGCUCCAAGGUCCCCAGACCCCUCAGUCCACUAGUAGUUCUAUGGCAGAGGGGGGAGAACUGAAGCCUCCCACCCCAGCUUCCACCCCUCACACACAAAUGCCUCCGAUGCCUGGCGUCAGGAGUAGCGUAAAUCUUCAAGACCCCUUUGCUGACGGCGGAGAUCCUGCAUUCUCCCGAAGGAAUGCCAUGACUCCCAAUUCUCAAAACUACCAGCCCGGAAUGGGCGGCCCCGAGGUGAUGGGUCGGAUGGUUCCCUAUGAGUCCAACAAGGACCCCUUUGGUGGCAUGAGGAAAGCCGGAGAACAGUUCAUGUCUCCUGGUCCUAACAGUGGGAUGGGAGAACAGUACAACAGAGGCCAUCCAGGACCAAUGGGAAAUAUGCCAAUGGGCCAGAGGCAACAAUAUCCUUAUGGAUAUGACCGCAGACAAGACUCAAGCAUCGGCCCUGAUGGCAGCAUGGGACCUGGAGCCCCACAGCCUAACAUAAUGCCUUCUGGAGCCGACACAGGGAUGUACUCACCCAGCCGACCACCCCCUCAACAGCGACAUGACUCCUAUCCCAACCAAUACCCUGGCCCAGUAGUGCCCCCUGGUGGUCCAUAUCCAAAUCAACAACCAGGAAUGUAUCCACAGCAGCAGCCGAACUACAAGCGUCCUGUUGAUGGUGUGUACGGUCCCCCUGCCAAGCGCCAUGAGGGAGAAAUGUACAACGUCCCUUACACUGGUCAGCCGCAACCAGGACCCCAAUCUUCUGGACCCCAGGGCCAACAGGACAUGUAUAAUCAGUAUAAUGCUUACCCUGGAGGUGAGCGUCGACCACCGGGUCCGCAGAACCAGUUUCCCUUUCCCUUUGGUAGGGACCGUGUACCAUCGUCUGGUGGUCCAAAUUCCCAAAUGAUGGCGAACCCCAUGCCUUCAGGUCCCGACGGCCCCCAGGGCCCAAUGUGGCAGGGCCGCAACGAAAUGGGCUACCCCAACUAUCCCAACCGUCAGGGACCUCCCGUGCCUGGCCAGGCUCCCGGCUACCACGGCAUGAAUCGCUCAGAGGACAUGAUAUCGUCAGACCAACGCAUGAACCACGAUGGCCAGUGGCCUGGUCACGUAAACCAGCGGCAACCGCCUUUCGGCCCCGGUGGGUCGGGCCCACCCAUGACGAGACCUCUUCCUUCAACUUACCAGACGUCGCAGAACCAUAUCCCUCAGGUGUCGAGUCCGGCACCCAUGCCAAGGCCCUUGGAGAGCAGGACUUCUCCCAGCAAGUCAACUUACAUGCAUCCAGGCAUUAAAGUGCAGAAAGCUGGACCUCCAGUACCUGCCUCCCACAUCGGACAGGCCCCGGUGCAGCAGCCUAUGAUGCGACGAGAUGUGGGGUUUCCUCCCGGAUCGGUGGAGUGCUCCCAACCACACCUCAAGCCCCGGAGAAGGCUUACCAUGAAGGACAUAGGCACCCCUGAAGCGUGGCGAGUGAUGAUGUCACUAAAGUCGGGUUUACUAGCAGAGAGCACCUGGGCUUUGGAUACUAUUAACAUCUUACUCUAUGACGACAACAGCAUUUCUACUUUUAACUUAUGCCAGCUUCCGGGUUUUCUAGAACUGGUGGUGGAGUACUUCAGAAGGUGCCUGAUUGAGAUCUUUGGCAUCCUGAAGGAGUACGAAGUGGGAGACCCUGGCCAGCGCACUCUCAUAGACCCCAACGCCGCUGAAGACUCUGAUGAGGAAAUUCUGAUGCCUGAGGGGGAGGACAUGGAGACAGACGAAGAGGACGACGACGACGAGGAGGAGGCGGAGGACACCAAGGCCAGCACCUUAUCAGUCCAGAUAAAGGAGGAGGAGGAGGAGAGCUCCCUUAAAGACAGGUCUUCGGACAACGAAGCGGAGGACAAAGAGAAGGAGUUGUCUAUCAAGCAACCCGUUACCUCUACCUCAGGGUCUACUCAGGACCCCAACUCGGAGAAACCCAAGCAGGCGAGCAAGUUCGAUAAACUGCCCAUCAAGGUGGUGCGGAAGAAGAAUCCCUUCCAGGUCAACCACCAGUCCAAGCUUGGCCAGCGACAGAGCUUCGACAGCGGACUGAUACACUGGAGCGUCGGCGGGGGCGACAUCACGGAACACAUUCAGACCCACUUCGAAGGUCGCGUCAACCACCUGAAAGUACGGAAGCCGACGCCGCCCAUGAGAAAUAAGAAGACGCCGGAGACGACAAAAGAAACGCCCGAAGCGAACGGUGAGAACAAAGCAGGGCCGCAACCCUCCGAUUCUCAGAAGUCGAGUUCCGUUCCUCUUGCCGUGGCUGCGGCAGUCACCGCCACCAUCGACGACGUGCUGUCCGCACGGCCGGGGUCGGUCACGGAGGAGGUUGUCCGCGGCGGUGCCGAGGAGCAGAAGGAGAACGGGAAGUACCUCUUCAGCAUCAACCCCGAACUCCAGAGCCGCCGCAACAUCAAAAUCCUGGAGGACGAGCCACACAGUAAGGAUGAGACGCCGCUCAGCACGCUGUCCAGCUGGCAGGAUUCGCUGGCCCGCCGCUGCAUCUGCGUGUCCAACAUCAUACGCAGCCUCUCCUUUGUCCCCGGCAACGACCUGGAGAUGUCCAAACACCCGGGUCUCCUGCUGCUGCUGGGCCGACUGGUGCUGCUCCACCACCGGCACCCGGAGCGCAAGCAGGCCCCCGUCACCUACGAGAAGGAGGAAGAGGAGGACGAGGGCGUGAGCUGCGAGAGAGACGAGUGGUGGUGGGACUGCCUGGAGGUGCUGAGGGAGAACUGCUUAGUGACUUUGGCCAACAUCUCGGGCCAGCUGGACCUUUCCGUCUACUCUGAGAGUAUAUGUCUGCCUCUGCUGGACGGACUGCUCCACUGGGCCGUUUGCCCCUCGGCGGAAGCCUUGGACCCUUUCCCCACCCUGGGGCCUCACGGCUCGCUCUCUCCGCAGAGACUGGUCCUGGAGACCCUCAGCAAGCUCAGCAUCCAGGACAACAACGUGGACCUCAUUCUGGCGACGCCGCCCUUCAACCGCUUGGAGAAGCUCUACGGCUCGCUGGUGCGCCUGGUGGGCGAGCGCAAGGUGGCCGUGUGCCGCGAGAUGGCCGUGGUCCUGCUGGCCAACCUGGCUCACGGCGACAGCCUGGCGGCGCGGGCCAUCGCCGUGCAGAAGAGCAGCGUGGGCAACCUGCUGGGCUUCCUGGAGGACAGCCUGGCCGCCACCCAGUACCAGCAGAGCCAGAGCUCCCUGCUGCAGAUGCAGGCUCACUUUGAGCCCACCAGUGUGGACAUGAUGCGGCGGGCCGCCCGCGCCCUGCACGCCCUCGCCAAGGUGGAGGAGAACCACUCGGAGUUCACCUUGUACGAGUCGCGGCUACUGGACAUCUCCGUAUCCCCGCUCAUGAACUCCAUGGUGUCCCAGGUCAUCUGUGACGUACUUUUUCGCAUCGGCCACUCAUGACAGCCGUGGGGGCGUUUUCCACUCUGCCCUAUGUCCGUUCCACCCGGCCCCCACUUUUUUUGUAUGUCUGUCGCGUGUGAGUGAAAAACAGCAAAACUGACUGUCUUUCCUUUUUUCUUUUUUUUUUUUAUUUAUGCAAAAUCACCUCGGAUUCCACUGUCUUUCCCCACCCCCCCUCUCACGAAAGGAAGGAAUAUCAUGAAGUAGCUGUGGAUUUUACGCUGAAAGAUACUGGAAGAGAUGAAUUGAUCGGGACCUGUACUUAGCCUAAAAGGACUUGUUUUUUAAUUAAAAUGAAAAAAAAAAAAUAUCCAGAAAAAAAAAAAAAACUGUAACCAAAGUUGCUGUCUCGUUUACAGUGAGUUUUGGGGUUACACGUGCUUGCUUUCUCCCAGGAGGGGUCAAGGGUUGGGGGGGGGACUCUGCGGAGCAGGAAGAUUGCUGUAACUUGGGAUGUCGUGUGCCCGCCCGCCGCCCCGCAGGAUGUGAGCAGACGUCUGCGGUGCGAGGCCUGCGCGGUAGAUUGUAGGACUUUUUUCUGUACUGUACACCUUAAAACAAACUGUAAACAUACUGUAAUAAUACUGUUUCACACUGAGAUACGCUGGCUCGGCAGCAAACUGUAGUUUUUAAAAACAGUUUUAGUUAAUGUCGAGAGAGACGACGACGGCUUUCCCCCCAAAGUAUGGUGAACCUACAACACCCCGACCUCUUCUUCUCUGUCCCUUGAUUGUAUGACCCGACCCUUCUAAUAGGACUGGUCCUCAGCUCUAGAUAUAUGCGGCCCAGGCUGCACUGUAUAUACGAUGUUGUACAUUAAUUACACUUCUCUCUCUUUCUCAAAUUCUGUCGCUUCACCGUUUUUAAGGAGAAAAAAAAAUCUUUGACAAUUACCACUUUGGCGGGAGUGAAGCUCCCAGCAAACACAAGACACACACAGACUGUCUGGUGCGGGUGUAGAGAAUAUAACAAAUCUGCGGUUCCUUCAUGAAUAACAAGACCUUGAUGAAGAAAGUUUUAUUUUCUUGGGUUUGUUUUGUUUUUUUUGUUUUUUUUCCAGUGAUGCGGAUUCUGCAUAUUUGUAUUUCAGAUGAUGUAGCUAAAAACUUGAUGUAAAGUCCUCUUCUUUUACCCCCCCCUCUUUUUUUGGCUCAAUGAAUAUCAUUUAUUCAGUAUCAAAUCUUUAUACUAUAUGUUCCACGUGUUAAGAAUAAAUGUACAUUAAAUCUUGGUAAGAUC